UUUGCUUAGCACUCCGCCAUAUUGGCUGUUGUCUUGCCUAAAGAAGGCUGGGACGGUGUCUGGUGCUGGGAGAAUUGAAACUGUGCUCUUUCACACGCAUAAACUGCUGAAAACUGGGUCGUUGCGUGUCAGGAAAUCCAGUAUCAUGGCCAGGAAGAAGAGCAAGCAGCAAGGUGUGGGGAAUAAGGAGCCGGUGACAGGAGAGCAGGGCUCCGCGAAGAGCCCCGUUUCUCCCAGCGAUGCAGCUGGCGCUGGUGGCGGGGAUGCGGGGCUGGAGCGGCUGCCCAGGGCGAACCAGACGUUGCCUCUCUCCAGCAGUCAGCCUAUGCACACUUGCUGUCUAAUCUGCCACCGCGAGUUCAAGGAUUGGGGGGCGGGCCCCACGGGCGGGCUCCCGGGCCCCGGGACCAGGCUGGCUGAUGCGGUGCCGGCGCUCUCUCAGGCCCUGCUGCGCGAGGCCCCGGGCCGCAAGCUGGCCGACGCCGUGCCUUCGCUGUCGCAGUCGCUGCUGGGCGAGGUGCCGCUCUGGAUCUGCCACAGCUGCCGCAAGAGCGUGGAGGAGGAAGAGCGUCAGGCUGCCCAGGAGCUGCCGGUCCCCCUGUCCCACCCGUCUUCCUUCAAAUCGCAGAGCUGUGGCAAUGGCUACCCAGAGCAGGCCUCGGGGGAAUGGGACCCCAGCUCCUUCCUGUCCGCUAGCAAGCUCUCCGGCCUUUGGAACUCGCCACACAGCAACGGGGCGUCGCUCUGCAACCACAGUGCCACUUCUCACCCGCAAGGUGGAACGAUUGGACCAACCUGCCAUGAAAAAAGAGCCUCCCACGAGGCGCCUGGGAAGUCAGCCAAGCCGGCGGGGCCCAAGGUCUGCCCCUACAGUCACCCAGCGUCCCAGAUUUCCUCUGUGACGUCUCCCGGGUCCACAAUCUCUGCUUCCUCUGACCUUUGCAAGACCACCCCCAAGCACUUCAAGACAAUGUGCCGCCGACCGACCCCUCCAGGCGAAGCCUUUCACUCCAGCGAUCACCAUCAGCACCCAGACCUAGCAGUGCCACCCAACAGUCCCACAGGCUUGUCCUCCCACCAUCCAUCUCUCCUCCCGCCCAAAGCGGCCUCUGGCCUGCAGACGCACGUUCCCUCGCCCGGCUCCGGUUUGGCCGCGCACGCCCCAUUCACGCCCCUGGUACCAAACCUCCACGUGCCGGUGUCUAAGCUGUCGGUGGGUCCGGACAGCCCCGCUUCCUUGCUCAAGCCCGGCGUGUGCAAGAACUCCCACAUUCCUGCUGUCAACAGCCAACACACUAAGCUUGGUGCUUCCCUCUCUGGGUGCAGCCACCCGUGCAAUGGCCACAGCAAUGGAGCUGUCAGCUCUUCGAAUACGGGACACUUGUCUGCGGCAGCCUGCAGGGACCAGGCGUGUAAAGGGCACAAGCUGGCGAAUGGGACCGCAUGCCACCCUGCUUGCGAAGUGGAAGAGGUUGAGGACGAGGACAGCAGCUCUGAGCGGAGCUCAUGUGCCUCAUCAUCCACCAACCAGAAGGAUGGGAAGUACUGCGACUGCUGCUACUGCGAGUUCUUUGGUCACAACGCGCCCCCGGCGGCGCCGACAAGCCGGAACUUCACCGAAAUCCGGGAGAGACUUCGCUCCCAACUGACGCGGCGUAAGGAGGAGCUGCCCCAGCGCAUCGACUCCGACGUGGUCGCGCCCAGCGCCAUCGACCAUCGGGACGUAGACGAGUUACUCGACUUCAUCAACAGCACGGAGCCCAAGCCCGUGAACAGCGCCAAGGCAGCUAAGCGUGCGCGACACAAACAGAAGAAGAAGGAGAAGGAAAAGGCCCAACAGGGCCCUGCAGAAGCUUCUUGCAACACCCCCCACGCAUCCCUGUCAGAGCCCUUGGAGGACAGCCCUGCCGCCUCAGAGAGUGAGGCAGGUCGCUUACUCGAUUGGCCACAGCUGGAACUGGAACGAGUCAACAGCUUCCUCACCAGCCGUCUAGAGGAGAUCAAAAACACCAUAAAGGACUCAAUCCGUGCCUCCUUCAGUAUGUACGACCUCAAUCUGGAUGUCAACGACUUCCCCAAGAAGGCAGCCACCUUGGAGGGCAACCACCUGCUGUCUCACGUCAACGGGUCCUCGGAUCUGCAACAGAUCGACCUGGACCUGUCUCCUCUCACGCUGGGUGGCUGCAAAAACCAUUUAUUCAAUGGGUGGGAGGACGCUGCCCCCAACAGUCAGGACGUCCAGCGGUUGCACGCCACGCCAAACCUCUCGAAGCUCAUUCGUGUGCGUUCCCCCGAACGCUGCCAGCUCACCAGCUCCACUCCGGCCUCACAGGUCGCGGCCCCGACAUCCAAGACACGGGAGGAGGCAUCUGACCCUAAAUGCUCAGCAGGCUUCAGCGGAAAAGUGAAGAAGGGCAAGAAGCAGCAGGAGCAGUGUCUACCGGAGCAACAGAACACUAAGGUCCUCAAAGCUGCCCUUGCGAAUGAACUGCAUAAAAACAGGGAAACUCAGACCAAGGCCUCAGGUUUGGGGACCAGCUCUAAACUGGGUUCCAAACAGGCUUUGCAGUCCCAACCUCCUCCUGUAGAGAUGCACAGAGUUUUGGGAAAGAGGUCAGAGGAGAAUAAGGUACCCGCACAGAACUCUGGUGGAGCCUCGAGCACGGCAGUCUAUAGACCGUCAGAGAAGAGUGACGUAGAGAUGCGAGGCUCCAAGCAGCACAGAAUGGAUCAAGAAGCGGAGGGGAAAGGUCCGUCUGUCACAGCGAUGGGAUUCCAGCAACCCAAAGGAAAGGGCAAGAAGAACAAAAAUAAGACGGACAGGUCCAGCAGCUCCAUAGAUGAUGUGUUUCUCCCCAAAGACCUGGAUCCCACAGAGAUGGAUGAGAUUGACAGAGAGGUUGAAUACUUUAAGAGAUUUUGCCUGGAUUCCGCGAAACAGACCCGCCCGAAGGUGGCUGUGAACUGGUCCAACUUUAGUCUCAAAAAGGUUCCUUCAAGCACGGCUCCUUAAUGAGAGACCGUGAGCAGAGAGACCCAACUUUUCAGCAGGGCUGUCCCACCAAAACCAGCUUGGCCACAUAUUCUCUGUGAUGCAGAUUCCCACUACUUCCUUCAACCAGCCGAGGUUCACUGAGCGGAUCCAGGAAGUCCAAGGAUGGACCUUUUAUGGACAUUUUAACUGGCUUUUAUGUAUCAAUGCAACGGUCACCUGUUCACAGCUACGACUCUGUCCAUGUGCCAGACUCUCCCUGGCCACUUCUUUUUCAUAAUUAGAUGUGCUUAUUGGAUAACCCCCAGAACGUGUCUUUGGUUACAGACCUGGUAGUCCAUUUCUGUGAACAAUUACUGUAAUAUUAAAUUUAUCAAUUUAUAGCCAAUGUGGCAUAUUUUUGAGGAAAAACUGGGUUACACACCGUUAACUUGUUUUACAUGUUUAAUUCUCAUUCUCACACUUCCAUUAUAGCAUGGCAUUUUUUUUCUCUUAUACAUUUUUCCCUAAAUAAAAUAGUAUAGAGAAUUUGAGAAAUCCUUUUAAAAAAAAAAAACAAAGUAAAUAUCACACGAUUUAAACUGAAGAAAGCUAUUCUGUUGGUUACAAACAAAACCUACAACUUCACCCUUUCAUCAGCUACAUCGCAUGUAAAAUUUAAUGCUGUGCAUUAUGUAAGGGUUGUAAUUCCCAUACUAAAAAGAGGCACAUGCUAUUGAUGAAUUUGCUGAAUUAUGGAAUUUGUAUGAGAACCAGUGAAAUUAGGACUGGCGUCACAUGACCCACAUACCACAGUUUGUUGCCAUUUCAUUACAGAACAUUCUUUUACAAUUAACUUUUUUUAAUCGACUGACAAAAUUGCAACACUAAUUUUAACAUGAUUUUAUUUCGUAGUGAAUACUUGUCUUGGAUUUACUGCAAAAACAUUGAAGUUUGCAUGAUGUUUUUAAGCAAAAAGAAUAUCAAAUACUUCAAAUUUAACCUAUUUAAAAUCUCUAGACUAUAGUCAAGCUUGUCACCUAUCAAGUGUUUCUUAAUAUGUUGUGAACAAGUGCAAGCUUGUUUCCAGUUGAGUACCCAGGCACGGUCCAGCGGAGCACUUCAGGACUGUGACCUUUUGACUUGAUGAUUCGGGACUGAUGUGUCCCCCCUUUCAGCACUUGAAGCAGAAUUUUUAAACGGUAUCCACUUUUCAAUCCAUCGUUCCAUCCUACAUGCGGUGCCUCUCUUGUACGUUAGAGAAGCAACUCAACUCGCAUCAUAGGAAGCUGUUUUUUUUUCUUCUUUCUCGCUCUCAAAUAUGGUACAAACAGCUUCAUUUACCAGGGAGUCUCCAUGUUCUCGAUGCCCUGGGAAUUGUCAUGCGCUCUGCUGUCUCAAAGUUGGGCUGUCCUCCUCUGAGAAGAAACAAGGUUAGCAUUGGUUUUGGUGUUGAGGGCUGGAAUGUAGGGUUAGUCACACGGAAGUUGUUCUGCAUCUGACAAAAGAGUUUUAAAGAUUUUUAAUUUACCUGUUGAAUUUUUGUUUUUCAUAUUUCACAAAAGUAUCUGAUAUUAUCCUGGAUAUAUGAAACUACAAGACAUUAUCUUAAAGGUUUGGAAUGUAGAUUUAUACUAUACCAUGAAAGGCCAAGUGUAUGUUGGCCUGCCUGUUUUUUAUUAUUCAUUUUUGAUACUGUGAAAAAUCUUUCAUUCUGAAAGAUUAAAACAAAACCAUUUUGGAAAAAAUGUGUGGUGUUUGCUUUUUUUCCACAUGACUUCACAGCUUAAUUAAAAAAAUGUCACGUUUC